AAUCGGAAACCAAAAUAUGGUCUUUUUGUUUCUUUUUUUCUUUAUUUACGAACUAUUAUUUAUGUUCUACAACUUCACUUUUUAUUCUUUGUCUCCUUUAUGAGCUGUAGUUCUCUAAAUGAUGUUUAUUAUUUUUUUGCUUAGAUAAUCUUGAAUUAGAAAUUCGUUUGGCUCGUUUGGAGUGCUUAGUGGAUCGUCGUCCAUUAUUAUUGAAUAGUGUUCUGUUAAGACAAAUUCCACAUAAUGUUAAAACGUGUAAAGUUGCAUGGUGA